UUACCCCAUUAUUGUAUCUACUAGAGAGAGAGACAGAGAGACAGAGAGACAGAAGAGGAAGCAGAAGAAGAAGAAGAAGCAUAUCUAGAUGCCUUGCUUCGCAUAAUCGUUCUACCUGGUGAAGCCCUAAUCUUUUUUUUUUUUUUCUCUCUCGUGCUUUACUUCCUCCAACGCAGAAACCCUAAGAUUCAUUCAUGUUUGGAGAAAGAGAAAGCAAUGUUCUGGAGCUACGCUUUUUACCAUUCAUAAGUGUUGUCGUUUAUUAGAUUGAGGUUAUAUUAGCUGGGAGUAUAAUAUAGUGAACACGCAGAAGGUUUGGUUGGCCAAUGGAUCAUUAAAUUACUGAUUCUUUUGAUGUUCGACGUCUUUAGGGACCAUGCCUCGUAAAGUAAGUUAUGGAGUUGAUUAUGAUGAAGACUACGACUACUAUGAAGAUUAUGAUUACGAUUAUGAUCAUGAUCAUGAUUUCGACGUAGAAGAUAAUGGCAAACUACCUCAGUCAAAGCAAGGAACUACAAAGCGUGGGAUUUGGCGUUGCUCCAUUUGCACUUUUGAUAAUGAUGAGAGUUUCUCUGCAUGUGAUAUUUGUGGGGUUCUCCGUAAUCCUUUGAUUAAUGCUGGCACCAAUAGGGAUAACCAAACAGUUGAGGGCAUGUGCAAAGAUUCUGGAGCAUCCAAAAUGGCCAAGUCUCUAUUUGCAUCAUUGCCGCAACGGAUACCCGAAAAGGAUGUAUUGUUUCAAAAGCAGAAUGAUGUUUUUGUGAAGGAAGAGGGCAAUAACUCCUACAUGCAUAUGAAUAUCCAAGGACAAUUUCAUGAAUUCCAUAAGGCUUUUAGUACUCGUAGCCAUCACCGUGUUAAUAUAGCCUCUUUCAAGUUUGAUGUUCCAUCCCCAGAUGAUUUGGUUUCUAAUGGAAUGCGCUCCUCCAAAAUGGGUUCAAAAGUCAACUCUGCUGACUUGAAAUCUUCAAGAGUUUCCUCAAGCAUCACUGAGAAGAGUGGUCUAUUUAAUACAAAACCAAGUGCUGAAAAGUUGGAUAUCUCAUCUUCGUUAAUGCUAAAAGGCAGACAAGAUACUUUUGAUGACAACAAUCAUUCGAAGAACAGAGCUCAUAAUAUACAAUCAAGUGUAAAAGUUUCGGAUAGCUCAUUGGCAACAAUGCCAAAAGGCAGACAUUAUAGUGUCGAUGAGAGCAAUUAUUUGAAGAAUGAUACAGGCAAGCUACUAUCGAGUGAUAAAAGCUCUGAUAGCUCACCUGCAUUGAAUCUAAAAGGUAGACAUGAUAGCAUAGAUGAGAGCAGUAGUUCUUCAGUUCGUGGGGGCAAGUCAGAAAGCCUUACUGAUAGUUUGAAUAAAAGGGCUUUGGAUGUUGGUUCUGGCUUUUCAAAUAAUGUUAAUGCUAGAGUGACUCGUUCAAAUGCACAGUAUAAACCUGAAAAGUGGAUGCUCCCUGACCAAACUGAAGAUAAAUUGACACAACUGAAUCUUGCGAUUGUUGGUCACGUUGAUUCUGGAAAAUCAACACUCUCUGGUAGACUACUACACCUCUUGGGCCGAAUAUCCCAAAAAGAGAUGCACAAAUAUGAAAAGGAGGCAAAGUUACAGGGAAAAGGGUCCUUUGCUUUUGCUUGGGCAUUGGAUGAGAGCACUGAAGAAAGGGAAAGGGGAAUAACUAUGACAGUGGGUGUUGCUUAUUUUGAUUCCAAAAAGUAUCAUGUUGUUGUGCUUGACUCACCAGGCCAUAAGGAUUUUGUUCCGAACAUGAUAUCUGGAGCAACGCAAGCUGAUGCUGCAAUUCUUGUCAUAGAUGCCUCGGUUGGUGCAUUUGAAGCUGGUAUGGACAAUGCUAAGGGGCAAACACGGGAGCACGCACAACUUAUUAGAAGUUUUGGUGUUGAUCAAAUUAUAGUUGUGAUUAACAAAAUGGAUGUCGUGGAUUACUCAAAGGAACGGUUUGAUUUGAUUAAACAACAACUGGGAACGUUUCUACGUACUUGUGGGUUUAGAGAUUCUCUUAUAUCAUGGAUCCCACUGAGUGCCAUGGAAAAUCAAAAUUUGGUGGCCGCUUCUUCUGAUGUUCGUCUGCUGUCCUGGUAUGGUGGGCCUUAUCUGCUGGAUGCAAUUGAUUCCCUCCAACCUCCCACAAGAGAUUUCUCAAAGCCUCUACUUAUGCCUAUAUGCGAUGUUGUUAAAUUGUCUUCAAUAGGGCAGGUGUGCGCCUGUGGUAAACUAGAAACUGGAGCUCUUCGGAGUGGAUCCAAGGUUCUAGUUAUGCCGUCAGGAAAUGUAGGGUCAGUACGUUCCUUAGAACGUGACUCUCAGGCUUGUACACUUGCAAGAGCUGGAGACAAUGUGGCUGUUAGUCUGCAAGGAAUUGAUGGGGGCCAUGUUAUGGCUGGGGGAGUGCUAUGUCACCCUGAUUUUCCUGUUGCGAUUGCAAAACGUUUGGAACUGAAGGUCCUUGUUUUGGAUGUUACAACCCCGAUUUUAAUUGGCUCUCAGUUGGAAUUUCAUGUACACCAUGCAAAGGAAGCUGCAAGAGUUGUCAGAAUACUGUCUUUACUUGAUCCAAAGACUGGCAAUGUGACAAAGAAGGCACCUCGCUGUCUUAUUGCAAAGCAGAGUGCAGUUAUUGAGGUGGCUUUGAAUGGACCCGUGUGUGUGGAAGAGUUUUCAAGUUGUAGAGCUCUUGGGAGGGUGUCUCUUAGAGCACUAGGAAAAACAAUUGCUCUGGGGAUCGUAACCCGAGUAAUUGAGGAGCAGGAUUAGUCGAUUCAACACGAGAUUCCUCAAUCUUUGAGAGAUCUAUUACCUGGUAUAGUGUUGAAUUAACCAUUCCAACAAAUUUUGUUUUUCCCUUUUAUCUCCCUUUAUUAGAGGUUACUCUGUUCAACAGUUAUGCUACGGAAAACCUGGUGACAGAGGCCAGUUAUGGGCUCAUAAGUUUUCUGUAGAUUUUAAUUUGAACGGAAAUCUUUUUGGGGUUUGUGGUAUGUGCAUUGUACAAGAAAGGGGUGGGUCGAAUAUGCCUGUACUGUGUAAUAUUUAUUGGUUCUUUAAGCAACAUUCUCCUGGGUUAGAAGGUAUAUAUAUAUAUAUAUAUAUAUUCAUUACUUGAA